GCAGUGGAUAUGUUUAUUGAUACCAGUUUUGAACCACACACACGCACUUGGUUAGUGGUCCAAGAAUCAUGUUGGAAUCGAUGUAUGACUGCUCAGUCGAUUUAUAAUUGAGGCGGAAAUGGGUUUGAGAACAUCAACGAAGAUUGAACAAAAAAACACAAAUGAAAGUGGUGGUGAGAGAAUCGACGAUUGUGAGACCAUCGGAGGAGACACCAAUGGUAAAGUUAUGGAUCUCUUGCCUCGAUCUUAUUGCCCCCAACUUUUACACACUAAUGGUGUAUUUUUACCGGCCCAAUGGUGCUCCCAACUUCUUUGAUAUGAAAGUGAUGAAGGACGCUUUGAGUAGGGCAUUGGUUGCGUUUUACCCACUUGCAGGGCGACUUACACAAGGCGAAGACGGUCGGAGUAAUAUCGAUUGUCAAGGACAAGGUGUGUUGUUUUUGGAAGCCGGGUCUGAUGGUGUUAUCGAUGAUUUCGGUGACUUUGCACCUCAAUCUGAGUUGUUGAAACUCUUUCCCUUGUUGGGAAUUGAUUUAGAUCCUUUGCUCGUUUUGCAGGUAACUUACUUCAAAUGUGGUGGGGUUUCGCUAGGAGUAGGUUUGCACCAUCGUGUCAUGGAUGGGGUGUCCACGAUGCACUUCAUGAGCACAUGGUCCAAUAUCGCUCGUGGCCUUGACAUCACUCUCCCACCCAUCAUUGACCGGACCCUCCUCCGUGCACAAGACCCACCACAACCCGUUUUUGAGCACGUCGAAUACCACACAGAUCCAAAAAUCCCAUCAGAUGAAACCAGAACCGUCUACUCAUUUUUCGAUUUAACACGAGACCAACUCAAUACACUCAAAGCAAAAUCAAGGGAAGCUGAUGCUAGCACAAUUAGCUACAGCUCUUUUGAAAUUCUCUCGGGCCAUAUUUGGAAGUGCGUGUGUAUAGCCCGCGGGCUGCGAGACGAACAGACCACCAAGCUCAAAAUUGCGGUCGAUGGACGGGCUCGCUUACAACCACCACUUCCACCUGGCUUUUUCGGUAAUGUGAUCUUCACAGCCGCUGCUGAAGCGACUGCUGGCGAAAUUCAAUCCAAACCUUUCUGGUUUGCUUCAAGUAAAAUCCAUAAUGCUUUGGCGAUGAUGACUAACAAUUAUCUAAAAUCAGCACUAAAUUAUCUGGAACAACACCUAGAUCUAAAGGGUGAGGAUUAUAAUCAAACGAAUCUUCAAGUAAUAAGUUGGGCUGGUCUCCCAGUUCAGGACUUUGGAUGGGGCCGGCCCAUCUACGUGGGCCCUGUACGGAUUCCAUCAGGAUGUAGGUGUUAUGUGUUAUCAAGCAAGAUAGACGAUGGGGCCUUAUCAAUCCUCAUUGGGCUGGAAGUUGAACAAAUGAAGAUUUUCAGCAAAUUGUUGUAUGCAACAAUAACGGACCGUUUUAUCAGUAGUUUAUAGUUUUUAUUUAUUUAUUCAGUCUGUAUCUGUAAUUAAAAAAACAGUAUUUUAAUGCUAAGGGGUGAUGAGUUUGUAUGCUGCAUAAAAUAAGAACAAAACAUUUAUAGUU